AUGGCUCCUAGACUUCCUCCCCCACCUCAACCGAGUGAACCUGAUGCUUCCAACAACUCUAGAUUGUUGGAGAACGUCAUUGAGAGACUCCAACAGCAAAAUACCACCCUCAUGGAACAAAACGCCACCCUGAUGCAGCAAAACCAAGCUGCUAUGCAAGGGUUGGAGGCCUCGCGUGUUAAUUCUGAAAACACGCAAAGGCAAUUGAUGGAGAUCUUGGCGGUCACUAGAGGUACACCUGGAGCUUCUUCUUCAAACGCCACUCAACAUGCCAAUGCUGAAUGGAGUUUGGAGAGUUUUCUCCAGCACCAUCCGUCCAAGUUCAGUGGCAAGUGUCUUCCGGAUGAAGCGGACCAGUGGCUGAGAGACAUGGAGAGAAUUUUCAACGCCAAGAGAUGUCCGGAUGAAAACCGCUUGGCAUAUGCGGAGUACUUGCUGACUGGAGAAGCCAGCCACUGGUGGGCGAGCGCCAGAGCCAUUCUGACGAACGCUCAUCAGCAGAUUACUUGGGAAGUGUUCAGAAACAAAUUCUAUGAAGAGUACUUCCCUGACAGUGUCCGUUUUGCAAAGGAUGUUGAGUUUUUACAGCUGGUUCAGGGGGGGAUGUCAGUCUCCGAAUAUACGAACAAGUUCAAACACUUGAUUCGCUUCAAUACAAUGGCCACCAGUGAGGAGUGGCAGUGCAGAAAAUUUGAGAACGGUCUACGCAGUGAUCUGAAGGUUGUGGUUUCCAGUUUGUGUAUCAGAACAUUCCCUGCUAUGGUGGAGAGGGCCAAGGUGUUGGAGAAGAACCUGGCAGAGGCGGAACGGCACAAGAAACAGCAAACAGUAAGGGGGCCGACUGUCUCAAGGGGAAAUGUUAAUCAGAGAGGAUCCCCUUACGCUCGUCCAGCAGUCAACGCGAGUGGAUCCCAAGCCUUGGCUACUGUCGGCCAGUCUGGACAGCCAAGGAGUGUGGCAUGUUUCCAGUGUGGAGGACCACACCUGAGGUGGGCUUGUCCUCAUGGGGGAAAGUACUGCACUAAAUGCAGAAGGAAUGGGCACUUGGAGAACGAGUGCUAUGUGGGAGGACAUGCGGCAAUGAGGUCGUCGAACGCUGGAAGAGCCCAACAAGGAAGAGGUGGACGUGCACAAGCUACAGGAAGAGUUUAUGCAAUUACGGGUGCUGAAGCUGCUCGAUCAGGUACGCUCAUCACCAGCACUUGCUUCUUGUUUGGAAAGCCCUGUGUAGUGUUGUAUGAUUCGGGGGCAACUCAUUCCUUCAUCUCGAAGGCAUGCGUUGAGAAACUGGGACUAGUGGAGAGUGAAUUACAGUUCGACUUGGUGGUGUCAACCCCAGCGGCUGGUGGGAUUAAGACGUCUACAGCUUGUGUGAGAUGUCCAAUAGAAGUUGAGGGGCGUAGAUAUAAGGUCAAUCUCAUUUGCUUACCCCUUCAAGACUUAGAAGUAAUUUUGGGGAUGGAUUGGUUGGCUACCAAUCGGAUCCUCAUUGAUUGUGGAAAGAAGGAGUUGGUCUUCCCAGGUGAAGAGGAGGAGGAGUUGUCUUUGGAUCGCGGACAGUUGAAGGAAGAUAUCAUGGAAGGAGCGAGCUGUUUUCUGAUCAUGACGUAUGAAGACAACGAAGUGGAGCGUUCGUCCAAUGAUGAGAGCAGUGGAGGACGAACGGUAGUGGAUGACUUUCCGGACGUCUUUCCGGAUGAAGUCCCUGGUCUACCUCCCAUUCGUGAGGUCGAAUUCACGAUCGACUUGGUGACCACUGCUGCACCCAUCUCGGUUCAACCUUAUAGAAUGGCACCCGCCGAGUUGGUAGAGCUUAAGAGGCAAAUUGAGGAGUUGAUGGAUAAGAGGUUCAUCAGGCCGAGUGUUUCACCAUGGGGAGCACCUGUGUUGCUGGUCAAGAAGAAGGAUGGCAGCUCUCGGCUCUGCAUUGAUUAUAGGCAACUUAAUAAGCUGACUAUCAAGAACAAGUAUCCACUUCCAAGGAUAGACGACCUACUGGAUCAGUUGCAAGGUGCGUGCGUGUUUUCAAAGAUUGAUCUGCGUUCGGGCUAUCAUCAAAUUAGAGUGAAGGAGGGAGAUAUUUAUAAGACAGCAUUUCGGUCUCGUUAUGGUCAUUAUGAAUACGUGGUGAUGCCCUUUGGAGUGACGAACGCACCUGCAAUUUUCAUGGACUACAUGAACAGGAUUUUCAGACCGUACCUGGACAAAUUUGUAGUGGUGUUUAUUGAUGACAUCCUUAUCUAUUCCAAGAGCUUUGAGGAGCAUGAAGACCACUUGAGGAUUGUCUUGGGCGUGUUGAGGGAGAAGGAAUUGUAUGCCAAGAAGUCAAAGUGUGAAUUCUGGAUGAAGGAAAUCCAGUUCUUGGGGCACGUCGUUUCUGCAGGAGGUAUUGCAGUGGAUCCAGCCAAGGUGAAAGCAGUGCUGGAUUGGGAGAGCCCACGUUCGGUCACAGAGGUUAGAAGCUUCGUGGGGCUCGCGGGCUACUAUAGGCGGUUCAUUGAGGGAUUCUCUAAGAUAGUAGCCCCUCUGACUUAUCUCACCAGGAAGGAUCAGCCGUUCGCAUGGACUGAUCGUUGUGAGGAGAGCUUCCAGGAAUUGAAGAAGAAAUUGACGAGCGCCCCAGUGUUAGUCAUUCCAGACACGGCCAAACCUUUUGAGGUGUAUUGUGAUGCGUCGUAUCAAGGUUUGGGUUGCGUAUUGAUGCAGGAAAGGAAAGUAGUGGCGUACGCUUCUAGACAGUUGAAGAUCCAUGAGAAGAACUAUCCCACACACGACUUAGAGCUGGCAGCAGUCGUGUUUGCAUUAAAAAUCUGGAGGCAUCAUCUGUAUGGAGCAACGUUUCAAGCUAACGUAGUAGCGGACGCACUAAGCAGGAAGUCGGUUCAUGUUUCAGCUAUGAUGGUGAAAGAACUCAAUCUAGUGGAGAGCUUUAGAGACCUAAAGUUGCAGUUCAAGUUGGAGCCGAACAGUAUCAAAUGCUGCACCUUUAGAAUAACAAGUGAUGUGUUCGACCGAAUCUGGAUGAAGCAACGUGAGGAUGAUGAGCUAGUGAAGAUUUUAAGCGCGCUCGGUACGGAUCAGGCCAAACAUUUCAACGCUGGAACGGACGGAGAAUUGGGAAGCAAGUUGCGAAUGAGUUCUGCUUAUCACCCUCAGACGGACGGCCAAUCUGAGCGAACCAUCCAAACGCUCGAGGACUUAUUGAGGACAUGCGUCCUAGAUCAUAUGGGAGUAUGGGAUGAAGUUUUGCCGCUCGUUGAAUUCACGUAUAACAACAGCUUUCAAGCGAGCAUAGGAAUGGCUCCGUUUGAAGCUCUCUAUGGAAGGAAGUGUCGAACACCUUUGUGUUGGUUCCAAGAAGGCGAGAACGUUUUGACUGGACCAGAAUUAAUCCAGCAAACGACCGAGAAGGUGAAACUGAUCCAAGAACGGUUGAAGACGUCUCAAAGCAGGCAGAAAUCCUAUGCCGAUAAGAGGAGAAGACCCUUGGAGUUCGCUGCUGGAGAUCACGUGCUUCUCAGGUUGAAUCCAAUCACUGGAGUGGGAAGAGUCCUUCGUCCAAAGAAGCUUUCACCCAAGUUCGUAGGGCCUUAUCAAAUUCUGAAGAAGAUUGGAUCAGUUGCGUAUGAACUAGCUUUACCACCUCAACUGUCCAACCUACAUCCAGUCUUUCACGUUUCUCAGCUCCGGAAGUAUGUAGCUGAUCCUUCACACGUGCUGGAGUUGGAAGAUGUCCAACUUCGCCCAGACCGAACGCUGGAGAUGCAACCAGUCUGCAUUGAAGACAGCCGCACCAGACUCUACAAAGGAAAGGACGUUCGUCUUGUGAAAGUGGUGUGGGACGCGAAGUCUGGCGACUCAACAUGGGAGGUUGCAGAGGCCAUGAAGGAGCUAUACCCUCAAUUGUUCCCUGGUAAGUCCUAG